AUGAAAGUAAUUCAAGAUCAAGUAGCUGCAGCAUGUGUUGAUUAUUUUAAUAGAUUUCGUUGUCAAACAUAUACAGCAUCUAAAUCAUGUUUUCAUUUUUUCCUGAUUAUAAAAACAUUUUCUAUGGAAAAAUGUAAAGAUAUUGGUAAAUUAACUGAACGUAUGAAUACUGGUUCGAAAAAACUUACAUUAGUUGCUGAAGAAAUGUUAAAAUUAAAGGAAUCUGCUGCCAUAAUAAUUGCUGCACAAUUACAACGUGUUACUGAUUCAUUUAAAGUACUUGUUGAUCCAAUAUCAGCUGAUAAAGCUGCUGGUCGACCAUCACACUUAAUUAUGCAUGUUAUGGAUUUUACUGUCAUUUUAUUUCAAAGACCAAUGAAACCAAUUAAUAUGGAUCAUGAAAAGCCAUGUCCAAAACCAUCCUGGAUUGAACCAUUUAAAUUAAUGGUCGAGAGUUAUUUCUUAAAUUCACUUGUUAAUUUUCCAAAGGUAAAGCAAAUUAUUUUUAUUAGAAAAGGAAUUUAA